AUGGAAGCACUACAAGCACCAUUUACCACGGGCUCAGACCGAUCACCAUAUCAGGCCAUCGAUUCAGACGGCGGAGAGAUUCGCUUGGUCGAACUGUUGCCAGGCGGCUACGAUGACUCUAUCAGCCUGUCACUACAUAUCCAUGACCUUUCAUGCCAAUUCGAAUAUGAAGCUCUCUCGUAUGCGUGGGGAACAGCGAUUAGUCCUCGCAAAGCACUGGUUGAUAAAAUCGAUCUGCGCAUUACCAAAAGCCUCGAUCAGGGGUUGAGGCAUCUUCGGUUCAAUGAUCGGCCCCGUAUGCUUUGGAUUGAUGCACUGUGUAUCAACCAGCGGGACAUACAGGAAAGGUCUCUUCAGGUCAAGCAUAUGGCCAUGAUCUAUAGAUCCGCGAAGCAUGUCUUGAUAUGGCUUGGCGAGUGGCCAAACUCUGAAGGCUGUUCACACCUGGAUGACUGCCAAGCGCUCUGGUUGAGUACGCUACGAGAAGAGGAAAGAGGAAAUCCAGCCUUGACUCCACUCCAUGUACGUGAGCAUUUCGUGGACAUUAUGGCGCUUCCCUGGUUUAGUCGCCUUUGGGUCAUUCAAGAGCUGGCAUUAGCGGAAAAGGACCCGAUCGUACUAGUCGGUAGCUUGAGCACAAGUUGGUCAUCUUUUUGCGAGACUGUUGAAGAUAUACUUCUGUACAGAUCGUCGGAAAUGGCAGACGAUCGUCAGCUUCUUGAUCAGUUCCAGAACGACUACACACGCGUUUCAGCGUUGGACCGAAUCAGAUCACGCUCCGACAGCCAUCAAGGCUUGUAUUGUUGCCUGAUCACAUCACAGUACGCGAUGUCUGCAGACCCUCGCGAUAAGGUCUAUGGACUCUUGGGACUAUGCGAUUUCCAGAUUACCGAGGCAAUAGCAGCUGAUUACUCGAAACCUCUACAGCACGUGUUGGCUGAGGCUACCGUCGUCUCGAUUCUAGAAGAGUCUGCUCUUCCAUAUUUUGGUGAAGAUACAAAACCUCCUGGAGCCUUUGAUCGGACAUAUUGGACUAAGUCGUCCUGGUUGAUAGACUUUACUUCGAUGUCUGGGAAGUCUGAAAUUGAAGAUGUGUGCAACUCAGAAUUGAGCUUGGAAGAGCGAGAGGAGCGACAAGGCUCGAUAAAACUGUCAGUGGAUUGCCAGACAAUGUAUACACAUGGCAGGUUUGUUGGUACUGUCUGUGAAACACUCGAUUCUUUGUGGGGCCUAAUGGAUGAGGGGAAUAAGACUCCGGAUGCUGCCUUAUAUGACUUCUACCACGGUGCUCUAAAGCCAAGGGGCGUAACUCCACUUACGCUUCUACUGACGAUUCGAAAGCGAAACUCCAAGUUCUAUGAUGACAGCCACUAUCACUUCGCCAGCCUUUUGCGUGGGAGCAGAGACAUGUUCCGUCUACCGCACGACGCCAUUCAAGAACAUGAUUUGUUCGUUACUGAAGAAGGACACUUCGGCUUCUCCUGGCACCUGGAUUGUAAACGCAUACAUGUAGGCGCUGUCCUGGUUUGUUUAUUUGGAACGCAAGUUCCAUUCAUCUUAGCACCACUGCCAGAAAUCGAGUCAUACGAGAUGGUCAACGUUGCUUAUGUACUUGACUAUGGCGAUCUGAUCCUAAAAAGAGAAGACAAGCAAAGCAAACGGAAGGCUUGGACAAACUUCGCCGCGGAGGGUGGCAAAGAGUACGCGAUAGUGUAA